AAAACAAACAUUCCUUCAUAUCCUCCUAUUUUUGUCUCUUUAAAAACAUGUUUCUAUCCAUUUUUUUUCCUUUGUUCCCCUCCUCUUUGGAAAUCCCCUCUCUUAUUAUCUUAUUAGAAUCAUAUAAUCUGUCAUUCAUGGCGGAAAAAGGGAAAGCGUUGCCAAAGUUUGGGGAGUGGGACUUGAAGGAUCCAGCAACGGCAGAUGGAUUUACGUUGAUAUUCAACAGAGCUAGAAAUGAGAAGAAAACCAGAGCUACUGCUCCUCCUCCUCCUAGUAUUGUCCCUCAAAAAGUAGAUACUAUCAAUAAACCUCCCCCUUCUCCUCCUAAGACCAAAUGCUUUUGCUUUGUUAGAGUUUAAAAGGGAGCAUUUAGGGGAGAUCGGAAAUGGAGAAUUGAAUGAUUUGGCUAAUGAUGAGCAACUUGCCUUUCCCCUAUACAUAUAUAUAUAAUAUUACACUAUUCAUAAUUGGCUGAAAUGGAAUGGGACCACCUUCUACUCUUCUAAUGUAUCUACCUUUUCCUUUUCUUUUUCUUUUUAAAAGAUUGCGGGCUUUGUUUCGAAUUUACAAAUCUUGAGUCAUGCUACUCAUUAUUAUUUACAGAGGGGGACCAAGGAGAUGGAAGUACAAAGCACAAACGACCACUGACGAUUGUAUUUUAUUCUAAUUUUAAUGUAUUUUACAAAAUAUAAAAAAGAGGAACCUUGUUUAGGAAAA